CCCAAAAGGCUGUUAAAAACUGACCAUUCUCUCUAUGAUGUAUUUUUUCCGUUGACUUUCUUAAAUUUCCAAACUCUCUAAAUUUCUCUUCAUUUCUCCAUUUUCUCAAAAGCGAAUUAUGGAAAUUACCCCCUCUCCAUCUCCUCCUCCUUCAGGGAGAUUCAAACUUUUUGACCAAUUAGAAUUGCAAGAAUUCAACGACAAAUACGUGAUCAAAUCCGUUGAAUCUCCUAAUCGUGGCUUCUCUAUCAGUCGCCUCCACGGCGAUAUCCAGCCUCUUAAUAAUGAUAAUGAUGGUGGUGGUUGUGAUGAAAGCUCAGUUAGUCCGUCAAAAACCUCCGUGAUUUACGGCGUCGUCGGCACAAUUAGAUUGGUCGUAGGAACGUACAUGCUUGUGAUAAUUUCGCGGAAAGAAGUUGGAAAAUUUCUUGGUUUUCCUGUUUUCCGAAUUGCUGCGAUGAAGUUUUUGCCUUGCAAUGAGGCAUUGAAGUUUUCUACUGCGCAAGAAAAAAGAGAUGAGGCCUACUUUAUGAAUCUGUUGAAAGUGGUGGAGUCAACUCCAGGGCUGUAUUAUUCGUAUGAGACGGAUAUAACUUUGAAUUUGCAGCGAAGAUGUAAAUUAGCAGAAGGGUGGAUGAGUAAACCGAUUUGGAAAUCAGCUGACCCUCGAUUUGUUUGGAACAAAAGUCUUUUGGAAGAACUUAUUGAGUUUAAGCUUGAUGAGUUCAUCAUUCCUCUACUUCAAGGAAGCUUUGGAGCUGCACAGCUAAAGAUAAAAGAGUCAUCUGCCACAGUUACAUUAGUUUCAAGAAGGUGUACUCGGCGUCUAGGGACACGAAUGUGGAGGAGAGGAGCUAACCUUGAAGGAGACACUGCUAACUUUAUUGAAACUGAGCAAUUGCUGGAGCUUGAAGGUUACAGAUCUUCAUUGUUGCAGAUUCGAGGUUCGAUUCCCCUACUUUGGGAGCAGAUUGUUGAUUUGAGCUAUAGACCAUGUCUUAGAAUCAUUAGUCAUGAGCAGACGUCAAAAGUUGUUGAGCGCCAUUUCCAUGAUCUUUACCAACGAUAUGGGGACACCAUGGCAGUUGACUUAACCAAUAAACAUGGUGAUGAGGGUCAAUUAAGCACAGCUUAUGCUGCUGAAAUGCAAAAGCUUCCAAAUGUGAGAUAUGUUCCGUUUGAUUUUCAUCAUGUCUGUGGCAACUCAAACUUCGAUAAUCUUCAAAUUCUAUAUAAUCAAAUCUCAGACGACUUCCAAAAGCAAGGAUAUAUCCUCAUAGACGCAGAAGGAAACAUAUUGGAAGAGCAGAAAGGCAUUAUUAGAUCUAACUGCAUUGACUGCUUGGAUCGAACAAAUGUUACCCAGAGUUUUCUUGGUCAGAAGUCUUUAACCAUGCAAAUGCAAAGAAUAGGAGUGCUUUCUUCUAUUGAGUUUAUUACCAUGUUCAGUGAAGAAUAUGGAAAGUUCAGAGCAUUGUGGGCUGAGCAAGGUGAUGAGGUCAGCCUUGAAUAUGCCGGCACUCAUGCUUUGAAAGGGGAUUUAGUUAGAUAUGGAAGACAGACUAUAGGAGGAAUAAUCAAAGAUGGGAUGAGUGCCCUUUCAAGAUACUAUCUGAACAAUUUUCAAGAUGGAGUUCGCCAGGACGCAUUAGAUCUUAUAAGUGGCCAUUAUAGUGUCAGCAGAAAUGGUCCUUCACCAUUCCAGCUUAACGGAUUCGAAUCACUCUCUUAUCUUCCGGUGGCAUCAGCUGCAUCAGCUUUGAUUAUUGGAGGUUUAACAAUAACAUCUGUCACGAUUCAGCAAGCGGGACGACAGGCGCAGCAGUAUUUGUCAACUGUUAUCUGGGCUGGAGUGACUGCUGGAGUUAUGGCAGUUGUUAAAGCUAACGGGAGGCAGUUUUGUUCUAGGCCGCGCUUGUGUGGUCUUAUGUAAGUUCUGAAGCGGUUGUGCUGCAUUUUAGAAACCUUUACAGGAUAUUUAUCUUAUAGUUUACAUGAAAUAAUGUUGAAUAUUCUUUAUUUUAAUUAAUUGUUAUCAGCAUUUCGUAUCCAAAUAUAUAAUGUAAACUCUAAGAUGGUGUUGCAUCUUGGACUUUAUUAAUAA